UAUUUUAUUAGAAUUCAUUAUCAAAGCUCCAAUAAUUUUUUGUUUAAAAUCAUAUAGAAGGAAAUAAUUCACAGUAAAAAAUUUUGAAAUCAUUCGUUUUUGGGAAAAGGAAAUUUUUCUAUUUUAUUUUUUUGAAAAAAAAAUGUUUCUCGAUUUCCUGAUUGUGAUAUGCCUUCUUAAUACCUUCCCAAACAUUGGCGCUCUUAAAUGCUACGUUUGUAACUCGCGCAACCAACCAGAAUGCGAUGAAUCUCACAUGCCUAAUAGAACGACCGCAAUGGAUGCUCAAUUUAUGAAGGAAUGCGCUACUGGUGUCUUGUAUUGUAUGAAAACUACUCAAUUCAUAUAUUUGAAAGGAGGUGUCAACAUAAGCGAAGUCCGUUACAUUAGGGAAUGUGCGGAUAAUUGGACAUGGCCUUCCAACCCGCUUGCAUCUAAUAAUUCUUCAGGUAUAGCUUUGUUGGUUCAUAACAUUACAACCAACAAUUGGUCAACUACUAUCAUCCCUAAUACUUUAAUUACACCUCUCUAUCCUGUUCAAAUGACGGGAAAUACCAUAUUAUGCGAGAAGCAUAGCACGAUAGCCAAUUUCAUGUCCACAAUAUGUUAUUGCAAGGGAGACGGUUGUAACGCGAAUAUAACCUUGAUUUACGUAAGCCCUAUCGCUCCUUCUAACCCUUCCUCUACCACAGCCGCGACUAAGCGUAAUGGAGCUAGUGCUAAUCUACUGACGAAUGGAUCUUUCAAAACUCUCAUAGCUAUCUUGAUCAUGCUGAAAUUGUGUACAUAGAAGAAUUCACUAUAUUAGAAUAAAAAUAAAUAAAGGGAAACAACAUUCUCACACCCCCUUUUUUUUCUUCGUGUUUUCUCCUUUUAUUCGCACUCAUUAAUUUUUAUUUUUAAAUUUUUUUGUAUUAUACAUUUCCUUCAUUUCCCACAAAUCACCUUAUUAUUUUGUUAUAUCUUAAAUUUUUUCUAUCUCAUAUUUUUUUUUACAACGGGUAAUAUAUUUGUUUAUUAAUUUUCAUAGAAUUUUAAAGAGCGCAAGUGGGGAAUCCCCCUAUAAGCUAAAGUCCUAGAUAGUAAAUUUUUUUCGUUCUCUUUUCUUGUUAGGCUAGGUCCAAAAUCCUUUUUUUAUUAAGAAAUUCGAAGUUUUAAAAACUUUCGCAAAUUUUAAUGAAGUCGUAUUAUUUUAGAAAUUUCCUAAAAUUAUGUUUAUAUUUUUACAUUUGAAAUACCUUAUUUAUUAAUUUUCAUUUAAAGUUUCAAAAGUUCGUGAAUUAGAUUUUUUGAUAUUUUGGACACAGCCUUAUUUAUCUUUUUGAUGAAAUGGGCACUAAUAUUAUAUUAGUAUAUUAUAAUAAGAGAUCAAAAAAUAUUGUAAAAUUAAAAACACAUUAUUUUUUUUAAAAUGUUCACAAAUCAAUGAAUUUAAUUCAAUUUCAUAAUUUGAUUGAUUUGUAUUGAUAAUAAUUAAAUCCUAUCUCUUUCAAAAUAAAUUAUUCCAUCACAUUUUUACUAUCCCAUA